CCGGGAUGCCAGAAGUGAAGUCGAUGUUUCGGGAGGUUCUCCCUAAGCAAGGGCAGCUAUUUGUUGAAGACGUCCCCACCAUGGUGUUGUGUAAGCCGAAACUUUUACCUCUGAAGUCAAUAACGCUAACAAAGCUGGAGAAGAUGCAGCGCGAUGCCCAGGAAGUCAUCCGCCAGCAGGAAAUGGCUCAGCUGGAUCAGCAGAAUGCGCAAACCUGACCGGUCGAUCUCAGAGGGACUCCAGAUAGAACAUGAC